AUGAUGAGAUUAUACCUCCUACCGCUCUCGACGCGGCGAACUCUCCUCUAUGCGAAACGGCUCGAAGCAAAUACUGCGCCACAAGGAAGAACAUAUGUUGACAAGGGCACUGCCUUGGCGGCCAAGACGUGGGCGCAAUGGGAGAAGAUGGAGUCUGGAUGGAAGCGCAAGGUCGUCGAUUACGGCAACUACGCUUUUCGUCGCAUCCCAUAUGAGGAAUGGGGUCUCAAGUCUGUACCGCCUCUGUCGGUGAGACGCCGUGGGAAGGAGAUUGAGAUGAAGGAAAAGGUCGACUUGUGCUUCCCGAGCUCGGUGAUACCGCCGAACAAGGCGGAGGGUAUUCUCAAGACUCUUGCGACGGAGCGUCAGGCGCUGCACAAAAAGAGGCUUGUGUGGUGUAUCGUCGGCAUGCCGAUUACUAUUCCAUUUGCGCUCGUGCCCAUCAUCCCAAAUCUGCCCUUCUUCUACCUCGUCUACAGAGCGUGGUCACACGGCAGAGCCAUCUCAGGUGGAAAGCAUCUCCAAUGGCUGCUGGAGAACAAGCUCCUACGCCUAGCUCCAUCUGAGAAGCUCGAUCAGCUCUACGCACUACACGCCCCACCAGCCGAGGAGCCGGACAAUAAGGAGCGCACCCUUCUUACACAAAAGGAAGUUCAGACUUUCUCAGACACUCUUGACAUGCCGGCUCUUGAGGUGGAGCUCGAGAGGGCUAUAUGGCAGGUCGAGCAAGCCGUUCAAGACCCAGAUAGUCAGAGCCCACCUAAAGAGAGUUCACCUGGUGCAGCUGCCGAGAAACCAGGGUCCACUGAAACGGUGGACAAGAAAGAUCAAUGA